GCCCCAGAAAUGUCUUCACUUUCAGAAUAUGCCUUGCGCCUGACUCAUCUGAGUGCUCGGCCACUUGGUGAAGUUGCCAGGCCUACUGAUUCCAAAUCCAUGAAAGUGGUGAAACUGUUUAGUGAGCAGCCUUUGGCCAAGAGGAAGGAGACAUAUGACUGGUAUCCAAAUCACAACACUUAUUUUGUGCUCAUGGGGAUACUGCGUUUUUAUGGCCUCUACAGAGAUGAGCAUCAGGACUUCAAGGAUGAGCAGAGACGUCCAAAGAAACUUCAUGGAAAGGGGAAACCAAGGAAAGGAGGAGGAAAAAGAGCAGCAAAAAAGAAAUAGUGUUGGUCAGUAUAGAGAGAAACUUCCUC